UGGUGCAGGACGUUCGGACUUUGCGUGGAGUUAACCCAAAGACCGCCCAGCUCGCAACACCGCAUCCAAGACACGCAGUAAGCAAGCGAAGUCCAUAAAUGCUUGGUGCAAAGGCAAGCCGUACGGUCUCUGUCCUCCAAGGUCACUUCCAAACCGACUUGACACAAGGCCUCUUCAACAAUGGCUUCCAAUCCUCUCCCGAAGACCCAAUCGGCCCUCGUGCAAACUACCUACGCCCAGCCCCUCGAGAUAAAGAGCAUCCCGGUCCCUGACGCCAUCCCCGGGAGCGCCGUUAUUAAAAUCCUCUCCACGCCCGUCGUCAGCUACGCCAAGGAAGUCUAUAACGGCACGCGCAAGUACCCCUACGUCACGCCCAUCGUCCCGGGCAGCAGCGCAGUAGGCCGCGUCGCCGCACUCGGACCGGACUCCACGUCACUCAAGAUUGGACAGCUUGUGCACAUAGAUUGCACCAUCCACUCACGCGACAACCCCGAUGAUAUCAUCUUAUGCGGGCUGGCGGGAGGCUUUACCGAGGGCAGCCAGAAGCUGAUGAAAGAUGUGUGGCGUGAUGGCACGUGGGCAGAGUAUACGCGCGUUCCGCUCGAAGUCGUGUUUCCGUUGAAUGAAGAGAAGCUGGUGGGGGAACUGGGAUAUAAGAUGUCGGAUCUGGCGACGUUGACGAGAUACCUUGUGCCGUAUGGGGGACUGAAGGAUAUCGGGGUCCAGGUUGGUGAGACGGUGGUGGUGGCUCCGUCUACUGGCGGAUUUGGCGGUGCGGGUGUGGCAUGCGCUGUGGCGAUGGGUGCAUCGGUGAUAGCUAUGGGGCGUACGGAGUCGAAGCUGAAAGCGCUUGUGGAUACGUUUGGGGCCAGGGUGAAGACCGUCAAGAUCACGGAGAACGUGGAGCACGAUUCCAAAGCGCUUACGGAAGCAGCGGGCGGACCCAUCGAUGCCGUGCUGGAGAUAUCGCCAUCGGAAGCUGCAAAGUCGACACUCAUCAAGAGUUGCAUCAAUGCGCUCAAACGCCGUGGAAGGGUAAGCUUCAUGGGUGGUAUCCAUGAAGACGUCCCGAUUCCGAUUUUUCUCGUGAUGCAGAAGGAUCUGGUGCUGAAGGGCAAGUGGAUGUACGGGAGAGACGAGAUCCUUGCGUUGAUCAAGUUGGUGGAGGCUGGGAUGCUGAAGAUUGGAGAAAAGGGAGGCAUUGGGUUGAAGGGAGAGUACGGCUUUGUUGAGUGGGAGGAGGCGCUUGAUGUUGCUUUUGAGAACUCCAGAUGGGAUGCGUUUGUUGUGAUGAGGCCGUAGAAGUUGUAUCCCGGGCAUUCGAUAAUAUAACAUACAUGGCGCCAAGGGGCAAUAUGGGAUCCCCAGGGCUUCUUUUAAGAGGACGCACACUAGCUCGAAUUGCGUCAGCAUGCCAGGAGCGCGGGUUUGAAUAUGUACUGCCUCCUCCGCAAGCCUCGAAAUCGCCUGGAUACCCGCGAAAGAGAGACGGGAGCCCGGAGGGCCUCGAGAAGGAGCUCGUCGGCCAGAUACGUCAAGCAAGCGAUAAGGGAGCCUGACUAGGUUCGGCUGCUUUUC